UCCAAUACUGAGAAGGAGCCAGCGCCAACUGAAUUUUUAAGGACCCCUGCUGCAGCAAUUAAUUUCAUCUCAUCUCUCUGUGAAUAAGAAGACAGAAUGAAACACUUGAGCUUUUGUACAGUUUUAGUUYUCCUCUCAUUUGUUCAUGCUUCUUUCCAGACACUCGACAAGGAAAUAUUCUUAAUAUACAAUGAGGAUACUAARUUCUGUUUAGUUGCUCAGAGUUCCGAGGCAGUCACAACAUCUACCUGCAAGAAAAACAGUGACUUACAAAAAUUCAGGUGGGUCUCUGAUCAUCAGCUAAUGAGCAUGGCAUUUGCACAAUGUUUGGGAGUGCCCUACAAGAGAMACCAGGCUAAAAUUUCUCUGUACCCAUGCAACAAGACAAGUGAAUUCCAGAAAUGGGAAUGCAGAAAUGCAGCAUUGGCAAUCCAAGGGGAAGAUUUAUUUCUCAGUGCYGGCAAAAGAAAAGAAAAUAUUAUGCUGAAAUCAGGAUCAGAGCAAAUAGAUAAAUGGAAGAUCUAUGGAACCAUGGAUGAUUUGUGUUCUCAAAGYCAUGAAGAUCUGUUUACACUGUUGGGAAAUUCCAACGGUGCUCCGUGUGCCUUCCCCUUCCUGUUGGGAGGCAGAUGGUACGGGGAGUGCACGGCUGCUGGCAGGUCAGACGGAUUGCUCUGGUGUGCAACAACGCCCAACUUCGACGGGGACCAUCUGUAYGGGCUCUGUCCAGCUGCCAACAGUGACAGAUUUUGGAGUAGAGAUCCUUUGACUGGAACCUACUACCAGAUAAAUCACCAGUCAGCCCUCACAUGGCACCAAGCARGGAAGAGCUGCCAGCAACAGAAUGCAGAAUUGUUAAGUGUCACGGAGAUACAUGAACAAUUGUAUCUAAGAGAUCUGAUUGACAGCAAGAGAUCCUCUCUCUGGAUUGGGCUUAACAGUCUGAAUCUCAACAGUGGCUGGCAGUGGAGCGGUGGCUUUCCCUUCAGAUACUUUAACUGGGCACCAGGAAGCCCUGAAUCUGAGUCUGAAAAACUCUGUGCAGUASUAAAUCCCAGAAGAGAUGCUAAAUGGGAAAACCAGCCAUGUGAGCUGAAACUUGGCUAUAUCUGCAAAAAGGAAAAUUCSACGAAGGAUUCUUUCAUUCUUCCAUCAGGGGAUUUAGAGCCUGUUAAAUGCGCAGAAGACUGGCUGCCCUAUGGAGGUCACUGUUUCAUGAUUCAUAGAGAUCCCAAAGAAUGGGGAGAAGCCUUGAUUUCCUGCAAUGAGAGAAAUGGCAGCCUGGCCAGUAUCCACAACCCUGAGGAGCAUGGCUUCAUACUGUCUCAGCUUGGCUACAAAGCUGUGGAUGUGUUGUGGAUUGGUCUGAACGACCUCAAAACUCAAAUGUUCUUUGAGUGGAGUGAUGGGACUCCUGUGACAUAUACCAARUGGCUGCCUGGAGAACCAACCCAUGAAGCCAUUGGCCAAGAAGAUUGUGUCAUUAUGGCAGGAAAGGAUGGAUACUGGGCAGACAGUGCCUGUGACAGGAAGUUUGGCUACAUCUGCAGAAGAGACCCAGUACAAGGAGUUUCUGGGACAGCAAAGACUGAUCCUGCCUGCCCAAAGGGUUGGGAAAGAUACAGUUUUUACUGCUACCUGGUUGGACAUACCUCUGUAACAUUUUCAGAAGCAAAGAAAACUUGUGAAAGGAGCAGUGGUUAUUUAGCAACUAUAGGAGACAGGUAUGAGCAAGCCUACCUGACCAGCCUCAUUGGUCUGAGAUCUGAGAAGCUUUUUUGGAUUGGUGUCUCAGACAUGGAAGAGCCUGGGAGUUUCAAGUGGGUGACUGGUGAAGGUGCUCUGUACACAAACUGGAACGCAGCAAUGCCUGGAAAGGAAGCUGGUUGUGUUGCCCUUAGGACUGGAAAUGCAGCUGGACUAUGGGAUGUUCAGAACUGUGAUGUGAAGGCAAAGUUUCUCUGCAAAAAAUUAGCUGACAAAGUUACUGUUCCCGAUGCUCCUGAAACCACUUCUGAUUUCAAAUGCCCCUCGGGUUGGGAUACAAGCAACAGAACUAAUUCGUGCUUCAGAGGCUUUGUAAGGGAACAACAAAUGAAAACAUGGCUUGAAGCCCGAGAUUUUUGCAGAGAAAUAGGAGGAGACCUGGCUGCCAUUAGAAGUGAAGAAGAGCAAACAGUGAUAGAAAAUUUAUUAAAGAAGAAAUCCCCAUCAUUUCAGCCUUUCUGGAUAGGUUUGCAGAAUUUGGAUCCUGAUGGUGGGCUUUCCUGGAGUGAUGGAUCGCCGGUGAAUUAUGAAGCAAAAAAUGAGUUUUACUAUCCUGAAUUUCAAGUUUGUGGAGCAAUCAGUGAAAAGCCUUUGCCAACAUGGAUUAAGGAGCACUGUGAAUACAGUCACAAUUGGAUCUGUGAAAUAAAGAAAGGGAUACCCUUGAAACCAGAACCUCCAGGCCCUUCUGCCACAUAUGAAGUCAUAGAAGAUGGCUGGAUUGUAAAAGGAGACAAACAAUAUUUUUUCAGCACAGAAAAGACCUCUAUGGAGAAAGCCASAACAUUCUGCAAAAACAAUCACGGACAUCUUGCUACUAUUGGAAAUAAUAGUGAAAGAAAAUUUUUGUGGAAAUACAUCCUAAAAAAUGGCAAACUGGACUCAUAUCUCAUAGGAUUGAUUCAGAAUGCUGAAAACCAGUUCAGUUGGAUGAGUGGAAGCCCAGUGCACUAUGCAGCCUGGGCACUGGGUGAGCCCAACUUUAGAGGUCAAGAACAUUGUGUGGUCUUAAAUAAAAAAGAUGGCUUGUGGAACGAUGUCAACUGUGGUWUUUCCAAUGGCUAUAUCUGUGAAAGGCACAGAAGUUUUACAAAUGCAACUCUCCCUUCAGCAGUACCUUCARCUCCUGGAGGAUGUCCUGCAGACUGGAUUUUAUUUAAAAAUAAGUGUUAUAAAUUUUUUGGCUCUUCCUAUCAUUCCUGGGCUGCUGCAAGGAUAGCUUGCACGAGGCUUGGAGGAAACCUGGCAAGCAUACAAAAUGAACAAGUCCAAGCUUUUCUCACCUACAAAUUGAAGGAUGUUUCAAGUGAUCCUUGGAUUGGCUUGAAUGAUAKACUCAGUGAACUCAACUUUGUUUGGUCAGAUGGAAGUGCUGUUUCAUACACAAACUGGGCUAAAGAUUCCCCAAAACUUGUMGAACCUGUUUUGUUUGACACUCUUCAACCAGAAAACGGCCGAAAUCUUCAACAGUUUGAUUGUGUUUCUCUGAAGAGAGGUCCUCCUGAUGACACAGGAAAAUGGAACGAUGAGGAGUGUUAUAAGUACAAAGGGUACAUAUGCCAGAAGAAUAGUGAUCCUGAACUCUUUAAUUCAUCAGCAACAGUGCUGAGCUUUGCUUCUGACCAUUCUAGUGGGAUUAGCUAUUCUGUCACCCAUUCCAAAAUGAACUGGGAGGAAGCACACAAAAACUGCCAGAACAAUGCCUCAGAACUUGCCAGCAUUUUAGACGCAUUUAGCCAGGCACUGUUGUUCCUGCUUGCAGACGAAGUUGGAGAGCCUCUGUGGAUUGGUCUUAACAGCAACAUGACCAAUGGCAAGUAUCAAUGGAUUGACAGGUGGAAUUUAGUUUACAGCAAGUGGUCCAGUGGAGAACCAAAACAAACAUUAGCAUGUGUCUACCUAGACACUGAUGGCACCUGGAAGACAGCUUCUUGUGAGGAAAAGUUCUUCUCUGUCUGUAAAAAAUCAGAUGUAUUGGCCCCUACUGAGCCCCCACAACUUCCUGGAAAAUGCCCUGAAUCAAGAGGACACAAAUCUUGGAUACCUUUCCAUGGUCACUGCUAUUACUUUGAGGCCUCCAAGAAAAGAAGCUGGUCUCAAGCUCAUGACGAAUGUGCCCGACUAGGUGCUGAUUUGGUAUCRGUAGGAGAUUAUAAUGAAAGAAACUUUSUGUCAGAAACCAUCAAGAUACUCCAUGGAAAAUCACUGAACUUUUGGAUAGGGCUGAAGAAGGAUGACAGAAGAUGGGUAUGGACAGAUAAAUCUGCAAUGGAUUUUGUCAACUGGGGAUGGCGAGAACCUUCACAAAAAAGGCUUGAAGACUGUGGAGAACUAGAUGCAUUGUCUGGCUCCUGGAAAGCCAAAUUCUGUUCUUUCAAAAAAGGAUAUAUCUGUAAAAAACUAAAAACUCCUGAAAACAAAGAGAUGCCAACAGAAAAUACAGUAGAGAAAAUGGAGAAAGUAUUUUCGGCUGGCAUCUGGCUGUUCGUUCUUCUAGUGCUUUCUAUAGUUGGAGCUGGAAGUAUAAUUUAUUUCUACUUGAGGAGGAAAAGACAAAACCUGCCACAUAUUUCAAGCAGAAUGAGUGGAUCAGAAGCAACUGUGGAUAUUCAAGGAAAAGACGCACAAACAGACAUGUAGUCUGACCAAACGCCCAUGGGUUCCAACUAACAAAAACCAGGCUCUGAAUCAGUGAAAUCUUACCCCAGCUUUCCCCAGCUUUUUGUUUUCCUACUCAGACAAUAGUCUCCUUUCUUCUCAAAUGCAUAGUUACACAUAUACAUCUUCCAAAAUUCCUCCCAAAGUGCUAGAGUUGUUUAGUCUCGGGAGUGUAUAUACAUUUUUCAAACAAAUGGGCAUGGCUGAAAAGUUGACUCCAGUGGUGUUGUGAAAACUCUGAAAGAUAUUUACUAUGUGAAAAUUACUUUAUUUAACUCAGUGUAGAAAUUCUCCUUUUUAGAACCCAGARGAAAUCAUUACUCAAAACUUUAAAUUGUUUUCCCUUUUGUUACUUCAGUGGUAUCUAGACUAUGAUGGGAAUUACAGAAUCACAGAAUUCACUAGGUUGGAAAAGACCUCUGAGAUCAUCAAGUCCAACUAUGAAACACUGCCUCAUUUCAGGUUUUCAGCUACAUAGUUUAUGAUACUAUCUUUUUAUUCAUGUAAAACCUGUUACGAUGUCUGCAUUAAUCCAUUAAGUAUUAUUUGCAUACCAAAAAAAAAAAAAGACAGAAAGUUGUAAAAAAAAUUGAAGAGCCUCAUUUAAUUUUACUUCUCGUCUGAAUUUUUGAAUUAUGCCAUUUCCUACAGACUUGCACUAUUGUAGUACUCUGCAAAUACCUGUAUUUUUCUGUACUUCAAGUUAAUAAUAUAGAACAGGAGAUGAUCUUGCCAUUGGGUUUUAUUUCAAUAAUAAUUCUUUCAGUAUGCAGAGCUGCUCCUUUUAAAACCCAAACAUGUACAAUAAAUGGCUAUUUUAUAGUGCAUUAUAUAAUUCUUUGAUGUAGUGAUAGAAAAUCACUGAUAUACUUUUUGAAAAUACAUUCUCUCAUUUUUUGUUGUGAUUUCAUUCAAUAAUAUGGUGCCUAGACCCUUCUCAGCUUUUCUUCAGUUGUGCACAGUGGCACGUUUGCCUCAGCGGGCAGUUUAUAAUUCUGCACAUUUUAAGACAUGUAUYAUMCUCCUGAGGAAUGGAAACACCUUUYCCCAAGCCACAAGAAGGCACAYGGCACUAACACGCCUCACUGAAGAAGCAUAUGGAGGAGCAGAACUAAAGUAGAGGAGAUUCUACCAAAUGUAUGUGUUGGAAAACAGAUUCCUUCUUAGGUCCUUCUGUCAGAAUUUCUCACUCACACCAUGUGCUUACAGUCUCCAACUGACAAAAAGAUGAGGCCACACUAAAARUCUCUGCAAGGGAAGAAAAUAGUUGGAAGAAGUGGAAAAGGUUUCUGCAC